UCUUCGGGAUUUUUCCAUACGAUCGAAGGAAAUACCAGAUAGACUUCCCGAAAAUGGCAACGAAAAUAGAAGAUUGGAUGUGUGAAGAGCUAGAAAAGCUUGGCAUUCCAGCUUCUCAUGAAAAUGCACAAUACAUUCUGAGUAUUGGAAGUGCAGAAGAUUUAGAGGAAUACAUGUUGGAGUUAUUAGAUGGCAAUGAUCCACGUGUUCAUAAAUUUAUACAUGAAUUAUUGAAAAAAUGGGAUCCACCUGAAAAGUUACCUGAAAUUAUACAGGUUUACAGAAAACCUGCCUUGGAAGUCGAGGAUUGGAAUUCAAAGAAAAAACCAGAGAAAUCAAACAAGCACACAGACAACCAGAAGAAAGGAUUGGUCAAUGGAGCUGUCAAAUCUAAAAGUGAUAGUUUUCCAUCUGCCAAGACAAGCUCAGCACAGCUGCCUUCCAACGAUCUUAAAAAGAAAAAUAAAUUUGUGCCGCUUUUUAGUCAGGAAGGACAGGAGAAGACUGUUGUUAAGUUACAAGGUCGACAUGCAUGUGAAUGCCAGGCAGCCAAACACAAACUAAUAAGUAAUUGUACAAGAUGUGGUCGGGUUGUUUGUGAACAAGAAGGAUCAGGACCAUGUUUGUUUUGUGGACAUUUAGUUUGUACAGUGGAAGAACAGGAAGUGCUAUCUCGUGGUUCAAAGAAAAGUGAACAGUUACGACAUCGGUUAAUGAAGGACGCAGAUCGAGUGCAAUAUAUCAGGGAUAAAAAAGACUUCUUCCCUAGUUCUGGUGCUAAAAUUAAUGAGGGAUAUCAGAAAGCUCUUCAGCAUAAGGAUAAAUUAUUAGAUUAUGAUAAAACAAGUGCAAGAAGAACACAGGUAAUAGACGAUGAAUCUGAUUAUUUUGCUACGGACAGUAAUAGAUGGUUAAGUAAUAAAGAACGGGAAAAAUUACGGAAACGUGAAGAAGAAUUACGGUCACAAAGAUUUGCUUCAAGAAAAGACAGAAAAAUUACAUUAGAUUUUGCAGGUCGACAAGUGUUAGAAGAAAACAAUACAGUUGAUAUGUAUAAUGUGAACGAUGAGGUAGUUCAGGAAAUACACUAUGGUGCUAAACAUAAAAAACAGGAGUUUGUACACAAAGAGGAAGACUUUGAUUCACUUACUGGAAUUGUUAAUCCAAAUAUUAAACAGCAUGCACCUCAGUUUGUAGAUGAAAAGGUAAGUGGAAAAAAUUCUCCAGCAAAUGUAGUGGGACCAGAAAAAAAGAAACCAGUAAGAAUACAAGACAGAGAGUUGUUACAGAUGUCAGAUGAAGGUCAUUGUCUUAGCAUGCAUCAACCAUGGGCAUUAUUGUUGGUCAAAGGUAUUAAAAUUCAUGAAGGUAGAUCAUGGUAUACACCUAUUCGUGGACGGUUGUGGAUUGCUGCAACAGCCAAAUCACCUUCUCCACAGGAAACUGUGGAUGUUGAACAACAGUACAGAUAUUUACUUAAUGACCAGAAGUUAUCAUUCCCUACACAUUACCCAGUAGCCUGUUUGUUAGGUUGUGUUGAUCUAGUCGAUUGUUUACCACAAGAUGAAUAUAGAAAAAAGUUUCCAGAUGGGGAGUCAAUAUCACCUUAUGUGUUUAUAUGUGAAAACCCACAAGAAUUAGUUGUCAAAUUUCCAGUUAAAGGGAAACAUAAGAUAUAUAAGUUAGAUGGACAUAUACACCAAGCUGCCAAAAAAGGAUUAAGAAGUUCAAGUGAUUAAAAUCUGUGAUAUACAACAUGAUAAUUGUUUUAUGUUAUUACAUGUCUUUGCAUACCAGUAUAUACAUUUUAAUUUUUUCUCAGCAUCAAUGCAUCAGAUUAAACUGCAAGACCUACCUAGAAAAAAAAGCAACAUUGUAAUGACCAACAAGAUUACCUGCCAUCUUUUCAAAAUCUGCAUGGGGAAUUCAAUCACAAGAGAACCAAAUGCAUCUCUUAACAACAUAUCAUUUAAGUGCUUUUAAUCUAAUAUACUAAGGUUUUGAAUGAGUUACCAUAUUGUUUUGCCUGUUUUGUCAUGAAUAUGAGCUAAAAUAUAGAAUGCCUUUUUUGAGGUAUUAGUCUAUAUAAUUUAUGAUUUCAAGUGUCAGGCCAAUAACUCUUCAUCGGGGAAAUCCUUAAUGAAUGGCAAAAGUUGGUAGGUCGGAUCAUGGAAGUAUUAUAUCGACAGGAAUAACAACAACGCCAGUUCAAAGGUUUCAUCUGCGUUACCGCCUAUCUUCCGAUUACUUGUUAAUUAGUUUAUUAUAUGGAAUGAUAAUUGAUUCUCGGCAUGUGAUCAAUCAAAUCACUGACAAUUUUCGGUCAUUUUCGUGUUCACGGAAAUUACGAACAGACGGUUGUUGUCGUAUAUAAAGUAAACCGAAUAGUUCACUUGUUACAUUCCGCUGCUGUACGCUGCCGAAUAGAGUCAUUCAUUCAAUGUUGAUUUUAGUCUAUUUUUCCUAUUUAUGUCUUUUUCGAUCUUGAUAGUUUAAGCCGACAGUUGUCACAUAUGAAAUUGGUGAAAAAGGGUGGAUCAUGUUCAAUUUUAAUAUCUAAAGAUAGUUAAGAACCAUUUCUGAAAGUUAAGAAGAUGAUUGUACAAAAAAUAUGUUUCGACCUGUUCUUAAAUACGAAUAAUCAAAGUCUUUCGUAUGUACCAGUCAAUUAAAAUAUUCACAAUUUUAAACCUAUUAUUUAAUUUGUACAUAAACUAAUUCAUAUAGAAUAAUACAUUUGCGGUUAAAAAUGCUCAUUUUGUUUGGUUGUUUUUCUUUUUGCUGUAAUGUAUUGUAUUAAUACUAGUAUUCAAUUGUUAACACUUUUUAAAAUAGAUAUAAAUUUAACAUGUUUUACGAACUUAUUAUCCCGAUUUUAAUUGUCCAGUUUCAAUAAUGUAAUCAAUGACAUUUAUUGCAAAUACAUAAACCUAAAAUACUUAAAAGUAAAUAACCUUUUUAUAAAUCUCGAUAAACUUGGCACAUUUCAACAGUAAAAUAUUCUAUGUCUACAUUUGUCUACAUUAUUUUGUUAAACAUUAUGUAAAACCUGAUCUCUUCAUCGUUAUUACCUGUUUUACUCGUGUUCUGCUUUCAAUCUAAAAAUACUUUUAGAACAGUUUAAAACAAACAGUAAAAAGCAAAAAUAUGCAAAAAUAAAUACAAUUUUCCAUGUUAAACUGUUGUAGUUUAAACAAUUCUCAUCCGUUUUUCAAGUUUGUUACAUCAUUCGAUUUCUUUCUGAAGGUAGAAGUUUUAUAUGAUACAGCGCCACCUUUGAUUUCUUUCUGAAGAUAGAAGUUUUAUAUGAUACAGCGCCACCCUGUAAUUAAUAAACUAGGGAUUUUCCACAGGUGCUUAUAAUUACCGGACUCGAUAAAAUCAUGUGACUGACAAGAAAUUCUAGAUGCGAAUUACAACUGCGGUAUCACAGAUAGUAACCAAAGGGGUCUUGUCGCUGAGACAAUAAUUGGAUAAAAUCAUAUGACUUUAGUACAGAGCUCUGCAGGUCAUUAAUACAUGCUAAUUUAUCGUUGUUAUUCCUUCUCAUAAUACUUCCAUGGUCUGAUGGAGAAUUAAUGAUAUCAUUCACAUUAUCAUUAUUUUCAUUACUAGGUGUAAAACAUUGUUAUUGAAUUAUUAGAUAUAACAAUUAAAUAUCAUUUAUAUAUUUAUUCUUUAUAUUUAAAAGCACAUGAAAAAGAUGUUUCAAAAUAGCUCUGUACUGGUAAAAAUGUGAUUUAAGUCCUUUAUGGAGACCAGUGUUGCCAGCUUUUCUGAUUUAAUUCAUAAAAUUACCAAAUUAUACAUUUAUCAUAAAUGUAUAUCAGCACAGCCUAAGAUUGUUGUGACAAUCAGCUUAACAUUUAAUUUCAGAAUAUAUCAAUAUUUUGUAUAUACAGUGAGUUAGAUUCGUCUUUUUUCCCUGGAACUAUACUUCUGCAAGUUUUUUAAAAGUUACUUGAAAAAUUUCAUUAAUUAGCACUUUUAAUAUUGUAAAAUAAUGUUAACAUUGCUUACAUUUCAAAACAGAAGCAAUGACCCAAUAUUUAAUUACAUCACCUCGCUUAAAGGACUGGUUCACUUUUGAUUCCAUGGCUAUUAUCUGCCCCCCACUCUUAAAUAAAGAAAAACACCAAGCAUAAAAGAACUAAAAGUUCACAGGAAAGAUCCUUUAUGGAAUAUGACAGAUACUUUUUAUGCCCCCGCCGUAGUGGUGGGGGCAUUAAGUUUUACCCUUGUCCGUCUGUAAGUACGUAAUCCGUACGUACGUCCCAAAAUUGGUUUCCGUUUAAUAACUUGAGUGUGCCUCAACCAAAUGUUAUGAAACUUAUACACAAUGCUUAUUACCACAAAACACAGAUCAAGUUUGAAUUUUGGUGGCGUCAUUUUAACCGUUCUAGAGUUAUGCCCCUUUAUAAAUGAAAAAAAUUGCAAAGUUUUAAGUUUCCGUUCUCUAACUUAAGUUUGCCUCAACCAAAUGUUAUGAAAUUUGUACACAAUGCUUAUAACCACAAACACAGAUCAAGUUUGAAUUUUGGUAGCGUCGCUUUAACCGUUCUAGGGAUAUGCCUCUUUAUAAAUGGAAAAAUUGCAAAAUUUUUAGUUUCCGUUCUCUAACUUAAGUUUGCCUCAACCAAAUGUUAUGAAACUUAUACACAAUGCUUAU